GUUCAUCAGGUACCUCAAAAAUUCAAUCUAAAUUCGUUUAUUUAUUGCUUAAUUAUGUGUAAUUGAAUGCGUGUUGUCAGUACACUCGAUUUGAUGCUACAUGUUACCGUAAUUCGUUUGAUUUUAUGUAGAUCUACUGUUUCUGUUAGGUAAACUGAGAUUAGGUUUGAUAUAUAGGUGUUCAGGCGGUGAAGUUCCUUAGAUCUAACUUUCUCUGCAAAUUGUUUAUCACGUACGUGAAAACUUUGAUUAAAUUCGUUUUGCAUCGUUUUAUUUUGGCUGUAAUCUGUGUAAUUGAACUUGUAGCCUCAGUACACACGGUGUGAUGCUUUGAAUUAUCGGAAUUCGUUUGAUUCUAUGUAGAUCUACUAUUUAUGUUUAAUAUAUAGGUGUUCAGGAGGUGAAGUUCCUUAGAUCUAACGCAAUAUAACAUAGAUUAUUGUGUAAAUCUGACAUAAUGAAUUUAGAUACUUAACAUAUGGAGAACAUAAUGAAUUUUGAUUUGUUUAUAGUUGUGACAGGGUUAUGCUGUUAAAAUCACAUUUAAAAUGUUCAAUUUCUGUUUUGUAAAGUUUCAAUAUCAUUGUUAGGUCUCCGGAUUGAAAGAUCUGAUGAUUUUAUUUCUCUUCUUGCAUUUUUCGAUGCAUACGUCAGAAGAAUGUUAACAUUCAUAAUGGAUUUGUGUGUAUAUAGCAAUAUUGCGAUUGCUGUUCAUUUUUUUUAUUUUUGGAAGUACUAUUGUAUAUUUUAUAUUGACGGUUGCAAGACCAAACGCCUUGUAGCCUAGUGGGCUUGGUUUUAAAAAGCGUGAAGCGCACAAAAGCGGCGAGGUUUAAAACGGAGGCGCAAUGCGCAAAAGCAGCAGCCUUUUCGUACCCGAGCGGGUUCUAGAGUAACACCUUUCCAAACGCAUGCUCGCACUCUGUUGCAUAGAUAUCAUUAUCCAUCAUGAAGUACUUGGAAUAUACCCCGUUCGACCGAAUAAAUGCUUUUCUAGAUCACCUAAAUCUUGGAGAACAAACCAUUAAGGGAUGCAUUGAAGCUUACUCCUGCAAGCAUACCGGGACAGACAAGAGGCUAUCUCUCAGCUUGGAAAACGAGAUUCUUAACUAUCUUGGGAACUCUCCUGAUGACGACUCGUCUUCACCUGCUAACUAUCUGUCCAGUAGAUCCAGCCGAAAGAUGUUGAUCUAUCUGAUUCUGACAUUAUAUCACAUGUACCCAGACUAUGAUUUCAGUGCAGUGAAAGCUCACCAGUUUUUCACAGUGGAGACCUGGCAAGGGUUUAAGCAAAUAUUUGACAGCUACAUGUCUGAUGCAUCUAAGGAAUGGACCAAGACUGAUGAAGAUGGUUCCUUGCUGGAAACCUUGUACAAAGCUUUAGAUGAGGUUAUCAACUUAGCAGAAUGUGAAAUCUAUAGCUAUGACCCCAACUCUGAUGCCGACCCAUUCAUUGAAAAAGGCGACCUGUGGUCAUACAAUUUCUUCUUCUAUAAUCGAAAACUCAAGCGUGUUGUAAGCUUCCGUUUCAGCUGUUUAAGUAAUUUGGUGAGCGACGUUUUUCCUAGUGACGGAAUUUACUACGAGGACGAUGGUGAAGUGUUCGAUGAGAUGGACAUGUGAUGCGGAAAAAAGUUGUACAUACCAUGUUAAUAUUGGUCUAGGAUGGUAGUGUACAAAUUGGUAGACCUAACAACUGUGUGCAGAUGGUUAACUAGUAUGGGAUAAAAGACUUGGUUGCUUAGUAUUAGUAGCGGUAAGCGUUAAAGCAUUGCCUCCAGGCUAGUGACAUUAUAUUACUUUUAUGAAUUGUAUUUUCUUUAAGUACAACUAGGUUUGAUUAAACAGUUUUUGAGUUUAUAUCUUUGUUGAAUA